CUGUGGAAGUUCCCAUCUGAACAGCGCUCUUCACACAAUGGAUGGGGAAGAGGAUGACCUGGCCCUGCUCGCCUCUCUGCUGGAGGAGAAUGAGGACGGGGGUCCCGAGGGCCCCGGGGUGGGCCAGCCCGAUGACUACGAUGAGCUCUUUGAUGCGGAGGACGACGGUGAGGCUUAUGUGGAGGAGGAGCCUGCAGAGGAGGACAAGAGAGAAGAUGUGGCUACGCUUUUUGGCGACGUGGGUGACCUUUCUGAAGACGAGGAAGGGGCAGAGGACCCCACGAGCAUCCCCGGGCCUGCACCCCGAAAGAGCAACCAGGAUUUGCAAGAUGAAUUAAGGAAACUUCAAAAGCAGAUGAAGACGUUACAGGAGCAACUGAAAAUGACGACCAUUAGCAAGUCGGCAAGCCCGCCUCCCCCUCCACGGAAACCUCUCGGCAGAUCUGUACCCGCCCCGCUGAAGGAAAAGAAUCAGAACCUCCGGGAGUCGGACACUUUUUCAGCCGAGCUGGACGUCCCCGCUUUGCCGAAAACCAAGCGCCUCGCCCCUGCAGCCCAGCGGAAGCCGCCGGUGGCCCCUGCCCCGAGUGGACCUGCCCACCCUCUCCGGUCCAUGCCUGGCAACAAGACGAACUGGACACCCGGACACCGGGGUGCAGGGCCGCCCGGAAAAUCCCUCGGAAGCAGCCAGGCGGUCCCCGUGGAGGCCUUCUCCGGGCUUCGAUUAAGGAGACCCCGCGUGUCGUCGGAGGAAAUGUGCCGGAAGAUGGAGGGCCGGAAGCUGAUCCGCCUGCCUCAGCUCCAGGGCAAGCUGGCCAGCGAGAACCUGGACCAGACGGACUGGGUGACAUUCGGGGUCAUCCUGAACAAAGUCACCCCGCAGAGUGCCAGCAACGGGAAAACCUUCAGCAUCUGGCGCCUGAAUGACCUGCACAACCUGGACAAGUUUGUGUCACUCUUCUUGUUCGGGGAUGUCCACAGGGAGCACUGGAAGACGGACAAGGGCACCGUCAUCGGCCUGCUCAACGCCAACCCCAUGAAGCCAAAAGAGGGCUCGGACGAGGUCUGCCUGUCGGUGGAUCACGCUCAGAAGAUCCUGAUCAUGGGGGAGGCCUUGGAUCUAGGGACCUGCCGGGCAAAGAAGAAGAACGGGGAGCCCUGCACCCACACUGUCAACCUGAGCGACUGUGAGUUUUGCCAGUAUCACGUGCAGUCUCAGUACCGCAAGCUCAGCGCCAAGAGAGCCGACCUGCAGUCUUCCUUCUCGGGGGGCCGGGUCCCCAAGAAGAUGGCCCGGCGGGGGGCCAGCCUGAAGGAGAGGCUGUGCCAGGACGGGUUUUAUUACGGAGGGGUGUCUUCGGUUUCCUACGCGGCCUCUGUUGCAGCCGCGGCGGCUCCCAAGAAGAAGACGCAGACCACCCUGACCCAUCUGGUGGUUAAGGGCUCACAGACCAUCGUUCAGGAGACCAGGGAGAAGCUGGGUCUCCCACAGAAGACUCUGGCGUGCUCAGACGAGUUCAAGGAACUCAUGGAUCUACCUACAUUCGGGGCCAGAAACCUCAAGCAACAUCUAGCCAAGGCGGAGAUGCCAGGAGCCACCGCCACCAUCCACUCCAUCUCCGCCUCGGCCCUCCUGAAACAGCAGAAGCAGCAGAUGUUGGAGAUGAGGAAGAAGCGGUCGGAAGAGCUACAGAAGCGGUUUCUCCAGAGCUCAGCCGAAGGUCAGAAUCGGCCACCGGGGCCCUUUCCGGACAAGCUUCCCCUUCGGUCCCCACCACCGGGGACCGAGAAUCCCGAGGAGGCCAGAAAAGCCUCCCCGCUGAUCCCUAAGCUGGGCCGUGGCUUCUCCAAGGGAGACGACGUCCUCCUCUUCGACGAUUCUCCUCGCCCACGGCCAAAGCUGAGCGCCUCUGCCGAAGCCAAAAAACUCGCCGCCAUCACCAAGCUGAGGGCCAAGGGCCAGAUCCUUCCCAAGUCGGACCCGAACGGUGUGAAACGCAAACAGCGGGAUCCCGGCCAGGUGCUGGAAGUGGCCGAGCGGGUCGAGAUCAACGCUGCUACCUCCUCGCCACCAGGAGAAGACGAUCUGGAGCCAUCCCAGAAGAGGCGACGUGAGCAGCUGGCCUACCUGGAAUCAGAGGAGUUCCAGACCAUCCUGAAAGCCAGGUCCAAACACACGGGGGUCCUGAAGCAGGCCGAGGCGGAGCUCCAGGAACGCUAUUUCGAGCCUCUGGUGAAGAAAGAGCAGAUGGAGGAGAAGAUGAGGAACACCAAGGAGGUCAAGUGCCGGGUGGUCACAUGCAAGACGUGUAACUACACUCACUUCAAGCCGUUGGAAACCUGCGUCAGCGAGAACCACAAUUAUCACUGGCAUGACGGAUUGAAGCGUUUCUUCAAAUGCCCCUGUGGCAACCGAAGCAUCUCCCUGGACAGGCUCCCCAAGAAGCAUUGCAGCAACUGUGGCCUCUUCAAGUGGGAGCGAGACGGGAUGCUAAAGGAGAAGUCUGGACCAAAAAUCGGUGCCGAGACAUUGCUACCACGAGGAGAAGAGCAACCCCAGUUUCUGAACAGCCUGCAAUAGCGCACACCCAAGUGGGAUGAUCGCUGACACCACCCUGAGAUUUUAGCUUUUUGUUUGCGGGGAUUGAAAUCGGCAACCUAUAUCUACGUGGGAUGGGAUGCGGUGGUGGAAGACGCAGAGCUCUCUGAAUUUGGAACACAUACCUUGAUGCUCUAAUGG